AGUUCACACUUAUUGUUCACCUCGCAACAACAAGCUUCAGUUUGGAGAGGAGUGCCUUCAUAUUGACUCGGUGUUCUGUCUGUCAGAGAAAAACCAAACGGAGGAUGAAACUGAUCCUGCUCCUCGUUACCGCCUGCCUCGCCUUACAUAACGGGAAGGGAGCACCCCGAACUGCUGUGUAUAACUUUGUGAGAUGUAACCCUGAGGGCGACAAUGCCAACUGUGUGACUCAACAAAGUCCAGAAAUGGCAUGGAGUCCAGACCUACCAGCCAAAUUGCCUGCUUCAACUGCACAGUAUCUAGAGGCAGAGCCUGUGGAGGAUGAGAGUCCAAUGAGGGACGAGGAAGAGGAGGAAGAGAUGGAGGAGGACGACGCACCCAUGAUGAGUGAUGUUGGUGAUGAGGGGGAGUCACCAGAUGUUAUUCAGCCUGAGGAUGGUUCUGGAUAUUAUGAAGGCUCUGCAGACACAUUAAUGGACGGUUGGCCCUCCUUUGUGAAUGCUGAAAGUGAGACAGGCUCUGGCGAGUCCUGGACAGAGGAAGAAAAGAAAGGCGAGGAUAUGAUGGUCAUGAGGCGGUUGUUCCCCAGCAGGUCUCUGGUUGGUGAGGAGAAACCAGCAGAGCAGGAGCUGAGAGAAGACCACCUUCUGAAGCUGUAGGCUGUACAUCCACCCACUAACAGACACACACACAUACACAAGGCUGGCAUCUAUUUUAUUUCCACCCUGUCUAUUCAAAUAGUAAAACUGAUAUUCCAUCACCACCUGGUGGUGGAAAAACCUGUCACUCAGAGAUUGACAAAGGCCAAAUAUAUAUUUUAUAUUUGCAGUGUUAUUGGUGGUAAUUAUUUUCUUAUGGGGCAAAAGAACAACUGCAAUCAAUGAAAAGGUAGCUGCCAAAAUAAAAGAAUGGUCUGCAUACAUGAGACAUACUCUCAUUUAAUUUAAGUUGGCAGCGACUCAUACUUGUGCUAUCUUGUGAAAAAGAUGUGGAAGUUGGAAUGUGUUUUUUAAUACAAAAUCUCAAAUAUGCUUUCUAAUAAUUAUAAUACCAGUGCAAUAAGAUAACACCUUUGUCAGUGCAUUGCUCACUUUGUGCAGCUGCAGUUUCAAUCAUUUUACUUGGAGCCGUGAGGCUUGUGUUUCUUUAAAACACACCAAACAAUGACUUAUUUAUAUUAUUUCAUCCCUUUGUCUCCAAUGUUGUGACACUUUACACUUACCCAGGAGGGCUAUGCAACCUACUUUGGGAACUUCUGGUCUGCAAGAUUUAAAAAGAGAAAAUUUUGCAAACCCAAAUCCCUCAGGAAUGGAUUCACGCAAUCUUAACCACUGUGAGCUGGAACAUAUUCAAAAUAUGUAAUGUGCACAUGCAUGCAUUUCUACAUGCUCUGCGUUGUCUACUUUGCAUUUGAAAUAUUUCAAUCAAUAAAGGAUUUGUAACAACAACA